UCAUUCAUCGACAUCCCUGCCAGGGAGGGGGUGGGAAAAGCGAGAGAAGAGAAAAGUUUGUAGAAGUCGGAAAGUUAGCGGCAAGUUGUCUGAUUGCCUGGCGGUGGGUUCUGUCCGGCAGUAGGAUGGAUGCGCUAAAGUCUGCCGGGAGGGCGAUAAUCCGCAGCCCUAGUCUCGCCAAGCAGACCUGGGGAGGAGGAAAACACAAGAAACUACCAGAAAAUUGGACAGAUACCAGGGAAACAUUAUUGGAAGGAAUGCUGUUUCAUCUCAAAUACUUGGGCAUGACCUUGGUGGAGCAGCCAAAAGGAGAAGAGUUAUCUGCAGCUGCAGUGAAAAGAAUAGUAGCAACAGCCAAAGCAAGUGGCAAGAAACUGCAGAAAGUCAUUCUGAAAGUGUCCCCUAGAGGAAUUAUUCUUUAUGACAGCGGAAGUAACCAGUUGAUUGAAAAUGUGUCAAUAUAUAGGAUAUCAUACUGUGCCGCUGAUAAACUUCAUGAUAAGGUGUUUGCCUACAUUGCUCAGAGUCAACAGAAUGAAACUCUGGAAUGUCAUGCGUUUCUUUGUACAAAGCGGAAAAUGGCCCAAGCUGUCACUCUAACAGUGGCGCAAGCCUUCAAAGUUGCGUUUGAGUUUUGGCAAGUAUCUAGAGACAGUAAAGAGAAGAGGGAAAAGUCUGGUUCGGAUGGUGAGGGGACAAGCAGUUCACAGUCUGAAAGCUCAUCUAGCGUCACAAGUCUAAAAGGGGCUACGAGUAAUCUGCUAGAGUUAGAUGAGAGCGCCAAAACGUUGGAUAUGUUAAAUGCCAGCGACAAUCAUUUUGAAGAACUGUUCAGACAAAAUGCUGCCACAGAAAACAACAACAUUGUAUGGGAACUGGAUGAUGGCUUGGAUGAAGCAUUUUCAAGGCUUGCAGAAUCCAGAACUAAUCCUCAAGUUCUAGACAUUGGACUGACUGCAAAUGACCUUCACGGUGAAGAAUGCCUGUCUCCUUCCAACUGGGACAAAAUGGAAUUGAGUCCUGCAGAUGGAGAUGAACUUUUUAUGUUCUGACUUUGAACCUCACUGCCAGUUUUCUGUGCAAUAGUCCAACAAAAGGAUUUCUUUGUUUUUUUCACAAACAAAUCAAACCACUGAAAUAGACUGUAUAACCAAAGCUUUAUCUUGCAUCUACUUUUCCACAGCUUCAUGAAAAUGACCAAUGAAAACUAUCUAAAUCUAGUAA